UCACGGCAUGCCUCGGGAUGAGAGGCCCGUGGAACGUCACCCCGUGCCACCACGGCAGGGACAGCUGGCGCCAGUCCAGGCUGCUCCAGGCCCUGCCCGAGCUGUCCGUGAGUGCUGUGGGCGCUGCUGCCGCUGUCACGGUCCAGGAGGGAGCAGCGGGGCCUGCAGCAGCACCCCAGACAAGAGCCGGUUCAGCUAAACAACUCAUUCCCUCCAAGGACGAGAAAACCACAACUUCUCCUAGCCCUGGAAAAACCUUUUGUGACUGCAAGACCAGCAGCUCAGAUGUAACGAGCUGGUUCUGGUUUGCUGAUGCCUCCCAGGGGAGAACAUCCAGCAGCAUGAGGGAGCUCGGCUUGGUUCUCCUGUGCCUCCUUCACAUCUCCAGGAAGGGUGUGCAGUGCAAUGGCUGGUCUGUCCACGUCCCGUCUGACGUUACUGGAGAACUUGGGAAGAUGGUUAUCCUGCCUUGCACCUUCACACAUCCCUACAAAACUUUUGACCGGGCUCUCACAGCCAUCUGGAGGAUCAAGGAGCCGUACAACGGCACGGUAAUCUUCAAGUGUGUGAGCCAGAGCAGCAGUGAGCUCUGCAAGACUGCCAUCAGCCACAAGAACAAGUACAAACUCCUGGGCAACCCCCGGCACAAGGACCUGUCCAUCAGGGUUGACAACCUGACCUGGAGCGACAGCGAGAGGUACUUCUGCCGGGUGGAGCUGGCCGGAGAUAUCCAGGACAAGUAUGAGAGCAGGAAUGGGAUAAAGCUGCAUGUGAUUGCAGCCCCCAGGAUCAUUAACAUCACAGUCAGCUCCAGCAGGGACCACACCUUCCAGGCUCGCUGCACGGCCGAGGGGGAGCCAGCGCCUGCCCUGACCUGGACCGGGCCCCCCUACAGCAACCUGAGCGCUAUCAGCAGCUCCAGCCACCGCGUCACCAAGGAGCUGCGGUCCCUGACCCACGAUGGGAAAUACACCUGCACUGCUGUCAACAGCCACGGCAGGGCAGAGGGCGCCGUCUACUUCUACAAAUUCAGAGCCUCCAACAGCUCCUCCUUCAUGAUCCUGAUUUUUGUGCCACUGGGAAUCAAGGUGGUCAUUUUGCUGGUGAUGCUGAGCUUCACAGUUUUCUCCAGAGAAGGUUCCCCCUCUGCUCCAUCCAGCCUGGCCAGGCCACAGCUGCCAGAGUGCACCUAUGAGAACUUUGACCGCAGACACUGCAGCAGACAGACCCUGCCCACUGGAGGGGCAGCGCCAAGGCGCAGCUGAGGGGCAGGCAGGACCCGUUCCCACGGACGUCCUUCCCAGGGAGCACAGAACCAGCCUUGGCCGAGGCACAGGAGGUCAGACCAGCCUUGGGGAGGUUGCAACUGGGUGAUCUCUAAGGUCCCUUCCAUAAUGCUAUGAGUUCCAGCCCUGCUUCUCCUCACAAGUGAGAUCAGCCUUUAUGGGGAAAAGAGAAGAAUGAUGGAGCUGGAAGAGCAAAACAUGGUCAGUUUUAACCUAUCUGUGUGUUUUUAAUCCAUAUCAGACAUUUAGCAAGCAGGCAAUAGUAUAAAAUUGCCUCACAGCUUUUUGCUUUGGUAUUUUUCAAACAUCACUCUAAAAAGCCAUUUUUCACCACUCCAUUUCUCUAACCACAUCCCAGUGGGUUACUAACAUGAUAGAAAUCCUAGCUGUGGCAAAACACUACUGGAAUUUCUGAUGAGGUUUGCUCCUUUUUAAAAAAUUAUUAUUAUUACUAUUAUUAUUCCUAAAUGCCCAGAAGACUUUAUUUUAGAGUUUAAAGGAAAUCUUAACUUUAAGGAGACAUCCAAGCAAAAAAUGAACAUGUUUUUCAAAAACUGGUAGAGCUGAAAGCAGGACAUGAGAAGUCUAAACUAGACUGUGUUCUAACUCUGCUUCAGCUCCUAGUGCCCAGAAACUCAAGAGCUUUGUGAUAAAUGUGCUGUGAAAAUGUUCCAAUACACCAAAUUUUUGGGGUUUCUUUUUCAAAGCUGAAGAAAUUCUUUCUAAACCAUUUCCACCUGUGUGUUACACAGAGAAGUUUUUUUAAGGUCUGACAACUCGUUUCUUAAAUCUCUCUCUUCUGAGAUGAAGUCACUACUACAAAAGCCAAGAAGUCAUAAAAGCCAACAGCAGACAAAUCUAACCCAAUUGCAAACAUCCUCCAAGAUCAGGUGAACAGAUCCAGCUUAUGGUAUAGGACAGUGUGGGUCAACCUGGAGUUCUGGAGAGGUAGGCAGAGGCCCAGUAUAGGGCUGGAAGACAGCAACAGGGUGGCUUAGAUGAGGAGGAGGAGAAAGAAGAGCAAGCAGGUGGCUUGAACUUCAUUUCAUGUUUAUAAGGCUGGAUUUGAUGCUCUGUGCACCCAUUCCAGUGCAGCAGCUCCAAAACUGUUCCCCAAACAAUCCUGCUCCUAACAACCACAAAACUGCUACCAAAAUACCAUCAAAGCUUGCAAGCCUAACCCCAGGCUGGGAAUCAUUAUUUUAAAGUUCACCUCUUCAUAAUAUCUACACUGGGAAAGCAAAGCAGAUUUUUAAAUGAUUUGGCCAGAAUGAUAAGCGGAAAAAAAAAAUGCAAGGAUAUACUUGAACCUGAUCUUUUAAAUCCCUGCUUAAAAUCCAAGCAGUUACAAAGCCAGAUUUAAUAAAAAUUGCAAAGAUAAAAGGGGAGUUACAGCAGACAGUGUAGUCACAGACCUGUUAAGCUCAGUUUCACAGGCGUCACAGAGGAAAGAGACCUCAGAGAUCUCAGUUGACAAACUGAAUUGGAUUUCUGAGCCCUUAUGAUUUGCAGACAUAGAGUAAUGAGAACUCAUUUCUACUUGUGCAUGGGAUUGAGGCUUGGCUUUCUGAUUUUUUUUCUCUCAAAAAUUACUUCUUUAACUCAAGUAUUUUGGGUCCAAAUAGAAGCAUCACACCUCAUGUCCCAAAACCAUGUUUUGUGUGUGGAGUGGAGAAAACCUGAUAGUGUGCAUUGUACCCCUGGUCCUCAUGGGACACUCAAACAUCCAAUCAAACCAGUACAAACUGGAAGGACAAAAGACAGCAAGGCACCCACCAGGGCAUUUCUGGUACUGAACUCAUGUGGGAGACACAAGGAAUGCCAAAGUCCUUCCAGUAAAACUAGAAGGAAUAAAGUCAAUCUGUUGGGCAGCACUUGGAAAAUAAGGCCCCAAGGUCUGGAGUUCACAUGUGCACAGAGAACUGCAAUACAAGUUCAGACUUCAGCCACUGCCACGCUGAUCACGAAGCUGGAAGAUUGGUCUGUAGGCGACACAUACAGCAAUUAUGUGUUAUCUGACGUGGAUCUUUCUAACAAGUUGAAAACAUCACAGUGUCUGCCACCAACUGCUUGAUUUUCCAUUUUUAUUUUGCAUGGUCUUUGCAGACAGAGCAUGUUAUAAAUACAACAUUUGUAAAAACUCAACAGCUGAAACAAUUCCUCAUUUUGAAAGUGCAUGUCAAACACAUAUUUCUGACUUCUUCACAUUUAUAUGCAACUGAUCAAUAACACUGAACCUAAUAAACCCAGUGCUUUUAAGUCUUUGGGGGGAAAGCAGCAGAAUGUAUUCCUCCAGACAUGAGUUUUCCAAAAGAGUCUGUUAAAAACUAUGCUGCAUUGGUAUCUGGUUACUAUACAGAGGGAUGUACAUAUAUAUAUUUAUUUAUAGGCUCGCAGAUAGAGCAAAGAACUCUAAGACCACAUUAAAAUGACGGUGAUCUAAUGACCCAGCUGGCAUAAUUAGCAUAAUCUGCCAAGAAGGAAAAGGUGAUCUGUCCUCUAGCACCAGAACCAUGGUUUAAGAGCAACAGCUCAAAGCAUCAUUGACCAGACAGAAGGUAGCACAUUUCUAUCCCCUAUUGACCAGAACUCAUGUUUUAACGUGCAACCAUGUCAAAAACACAAAGGCACAAUUAAUGGAGGAAGAGAAAAAGCGAUCAGUUCCUUCACACAGCUGUAGGGACUGGGACUGCAGGACCUUGGGCCAGCUCAAACAGAUCAGUGAUUAAAGGGACAUCAACAAGCACCAGGAAAAAUUCACCUUCUGCUUUUCCUAAACAAAAGUGCAUCCUAUGAUCAGACAAGGCAACAAAAGCAGCGAUCAUUCAGCUGAAACAACAGAUUUACAGGCUCAUGGUUCAUGCUUUGGCAACAGAAUUUUAACAAGUGAUCACCAAAUUUAGUACAACAAAAAUACCUCUUCACAGUGUCAUCUAAAAUCCUGUCAUGUCAUGUCCAGCCAGGCAGAAGAAAAUAAGCUUACAUGAUGGUUGUUAAACAUUUCCUAAACAACCAGACUUAGGAAUUAGGGAAUCCUAUUUAACAUGAUCGUAACUGACUGUUCCCCUCUCAGACACUGGAGAUCCAGAAAAUAUUUAAAUCCCCUUGAACUUAGCUAUAAGUUACUUGCAUUUAAUCAAGCAAUAUAGAUGCAGACACGCUAAUAUUUAGAAAACAGGAAAAAACAAGGUUCUUAGUUCCCAUUUUUGUUGGUAUUUACAGAAGUGGGUGAAGAUUGCAGGCAUGCCUCUAAACUACGGAUUUCUGUGGGAUAGCAAAAAAGUCAAGAUUUAAAAUACCAUCCUAUCAAAUACAGGGAUUUCACAAAAAUCGCUAGACACACACUCAUCAGGUAAGACUCAAAGGUAUUCUGGUUAAGAAAGUCAAACCUCUUUUUACACACUCACUUUGAACUGGCCUGAGUGAUGACACACUGGAAAAUAAAAAAAGGCACCAAGCAAAAACUUCAGACACCACAGGAUGAGCUGUGUUGACUAGUGAUUUGUACACCUAUCCCCAGGCACCCUUCUCUCCAAAGGGCACCACACACAGAAGAUAUUCAAGUGCUUUCAGUAAAAAAAAAAAAAAAAAUGCAAAGCAUUAAGCGAUUCCACAGGCCUAAAAAUCAAAAGGAAAGCAGGAAAAC